CCGAGGGACCAGAACGCAGCGGAGCCAUGCAGUACCCGCACCCCGGACCCGGGGUGGCGGCGCCCGCCGUGGGGGUGCCGCUGUAUGCGCCCACGCCGCUGCUGCAACCCGCGCACCCGACGCCGUUCUACAUCGAGGACAUCUUGGGCCGUGGGCCCGUCGCACCGGCCCCCACCCCGACCCCUACCCCCACACUGCCGUCCCCCAACUCCUCCUUCACGAGCCUCGUGUCCUCCUACCGGACCCCGGUAUACGAGCCCACGCCGAUCCACCCUGCCUUCUCGCACCACUCCGCAGCCGCGUUGGCAGCCGCUUACGGACCCAGCGGCUUCGGGGGCCCUCUGUACCCAUUCACGCGGACGGUGAACGACUACACGCAUGCUCUGCUCCGCCACGACCCUCUGGGUAAACCCUUGCUUUGGAGUCCCUUCUUGCAGAGGCCACUGCACAAAAGGAAAGGCGGCCAGGUGAGGUUCUCCAACGAUCAGACCAUUGAGCUGGAGAAAAAGUUCGAGACCCAGAAAUACCUCUCUCCUCCUGAGAGGAAGCGUCUGGCUAAGAUGCUGCAGCUCAGCGAGAGGCAGGUCAAAACCUGGUUUCAGAAUCGAAGGGCUAAAUGGAGGCGAUUAAAACAGGAGAACCCUCAAAGCAAUAAAAAGGAAGACCUGGAAAGUUUGGACAAUCCCUGUGAGCAGAGGCAAGAGUUGCCCAGUGAACAGAAUAAAGGUGCUUCUUUGGAUAGCUCUCAGUGCUCACCCUCCCCUGCUUCCCAGGAAGACCUUGAAUCGGAGAUUUCAGAGGAUUCAGAUCAGGAAGUGGACAUUGAGGGUGAUAAAGGCUAUUUUAAUGCUGGAUGA